CCAUGCAUGCACAGUAUUUUGAGAAUUCACCAUUUCUUUGUAUUCAGCUUGAAUACAUCCAAGAAAUUGGAUACCAGCACCUUUGUAAAUAUAAAUAUAGCUUAUGUGUGCUAAGAUUUAAAUCUCUUUACAGGAUUGACAGUCCACAAUGUCAGCUAAAGCUAUAUAUGAAGUCAAAGGAAAAGAGCUGCUGAACAAAUAUUUGACCGAUGAAGCUGUGAAAAAUAGGUAUGCCGUUGUCACGGAAGCUGUAAAUUGGGACACGUUGACCACAAACAAUCCCUGGCUCCUCACAGAGAAAUUGGUGGUUAAACCCGAUCAGCUGAUCAAGCGACGUGGAAAGCUAGGUCUAAUCAAGGCAGGAGUGGAUCUAGAAGGAGUGAAGGAAUGGUUAAAGAACAAACUGGGCAAAGAGUUUGAGAUUGGUGCAGCUAAAGGGAAACUCAAACACUUUGUUAUUGAACCAUUUGUGAAACAUGAACAGAGUGAGGAAUUUUACCUAUGUAUAUAUUCCUCCAGACACUGUGAUACAAUACUAUUUCAUCAUGAAGGGGGGAUAGACAUAGGUGAUGUGGAUUCAAAGGCAGUAAAACUAGACAUUCCAGUUCUUGGAGAACUCACAGACUCUGAUAUAAAAUCCAAACUGUUGUCUAACGCUCCCACAGCAGCCCAAGAACCCUUAACAAAGUUUAUCAAGGCUCUUUACACUGAAUACAGAAACUUAUAUUUUACCUACUUAGAAAUUAACCCAUUAGUGUUCACUGGAGGCAGAAUCUACAUUCUGGACCUGGCAGCUAAGAUUGACCAGUGUGCUGAGUAUCUCUGUAAGUCUUUGUGGGGAGACCUGGAAUUUCCUCCACCAUUUGGCAGGGAUGCUCUCCCAGAAGAAGCAUACAUUGCUGAACUAGAUGCUAAGAGUGGGGCAUCUUUAAAACUGACCGUUCUGAACAAAUCUGGUCGAAUCUGGACCAUGGUUGCAGGGGGUGGAGCUUCUGUCAUAUAUGCUGACACAAUAUGUGAUUUGGGAGGAGCUAAGGAGUUGGCAAAUUAUGGUGAGUACUCUGGAGCCCCCAGCGAGCAGCAGACAUAUGAGUAUGCCAAGACUAUCCUGUCCCUGAUGACUGCAGAGAUCCACCCCAAGGGUAAAAUCCUCAUCGUCGGAGGCGGCAUAGCUAACUUCACUAAUGUAGCAGCCACAUUUAAGGGCAUAGUAAGAGCUCUGAGAGAAUACCAACAGAAGCUGAUAGAAGGCAAUGUUAUUGUGUACGUCAGGAGGGCAGGGCCAAACUACCAGGAGGGGCUCAGGAUCAUGAGAGAACUGGGAAAUACCCUGGGAAUUCCAAUCCAUGUAUUUGGUCCAGAAACCCAUAUGACAGCUAUUGUCAGUAUGGCUCUUGGGAAAAGAGAGAUUCCAUUAACACCACGGCCCAUGAAUACCACGGCAAACUUUUUGUUGCCAACUGGAGGGGCCUCUCCCUCAACUAGCAGAAGGGGGUCAGUUAAUGAAUCCACACCAAAGUCUGAGGUCAAGGUCACUGUUCAAGGUGAAGGUCAAAAGGCCACAUCAAAGUCUGAGAGUACCCAGCCUCUGUUUACAGAGAAGACACAGUGUAUUAUCUGGGGGAUGCAGCAGAGAGCCGUACAGGGGAUGCUGGACUUUGAUUACGUCUGCUCCAGGCGAGACCCUUCAGUAGUCGCCAUGAUUUAUCCAUUUACGGGAGACCACAAACAGAAAUUUUACUGGGGACAUAAAGAAAUUCUUGUUCCAGUUUACAAGAACAUGGCUGAUGCAAUGAAGAAGCACCCACAGGCAGAUGUCCUCAUCAGCUUUGCUUCACUAAGGUCGGCUUUUGAGAGCACCAUGGAAACUAUGAGAUACCCACAGAUUCGUACUAUUGCCAUCAUUGCUGAGGGUAUUCCAGAAAAUCUGACAAGACAGAUCAUUAAAGAAGCUGACGAGAAAGGAGUGUUCAUCAUAGGACCUGCCACAGUAGGUGGUGUGAAACCUGGAUGUUUUAAGAUUGGUAAUACUGGAGGAAUGUUAGACAAUAUCUUGGCAUCGAAGCUGUUCAGACCUGGAAGUGUUGCAUAUGUAUCUAGAUCAGGAGGCAUGUCCAAUGAAUUGAAUAACAUCAUCUCCCUUAAUGCUAAUGGUGUAUAUGAGGGGAUAGCCAUUGGGGGUGACCGAUACCCUGGCACAACUUUCAUGGACCAUAUAUUAAGAUACCAAGAAGACCCAAAAGUCAAAAUGAUUGUAUUACUAGGAGAGGUGGGUGGUACAGAGGAAUACCACAUUGUGAGUGCUAUGAAGAGUGGACGUAUAAACAAACCUCUGGUGGCCUGGUGUAUAGGAACCUGUGCCAAAAUGUUCACAUCCGAUGUGCAGUUUGGCCAUGCAGGUGCUUGUGCUAAUGCAGAGGCAGAAACAGCCUCAGCUAAAAACCAAGCUUUGACAGAUGCAAAGGCUUAUGUUCCCAGAAGUUUCGAUGAAUUGGGCACUCUAAUAAAAGAGGUUUAUGACAAGCUGGUAGAGAAUGGGACCAUUGUACCAGAACCUGAGAGACCUCCACCUACAGUACCGAUGGACUUCACUUGGGCUAGAGAGCUUGGGUUGAUCAGGAAACCUGCAUCCUUUAUGACCAGUAUCUGUGAUGAGCGGGGACAAGAACUAUUGUAUGCUGGGAUACCAAUCACGGACAUUUUCAAAGAAGAUAUGGGUAUCGGAGGUGUGCUUAGUUUGCUUUGGUUCCAGAGAAGAUUACCAAAAUAUGCCACAAAGUUCAUAGAGAUGUGUUUAAUGGUAACAGCUGACCAUGGACCCGCCGUGUCAGGGGCUCAUAACACCAUCGUGUGUGCUCGAGCGGGCAAAGACCUGGUGUCCUGCCUAGCGUCUGGUCUCCUCACCAUUGGAGAUAGGUUUGGAGGGGCCCUGGAUGCAGCAGCCAAACAGUUCUCUGAUGCCUAUACCAGUGAUAUGAUACCAAUGGAGUUUGUCAACAACAUGAGAAAGGAGGGGAAACUUAUCAUGGGGAUAGGUCACAGGGUCAAAUCAAUCAAUAAUCCUGACAUGAGAGUGGUGAUACUUAAGGAGUAUGCCCAGAAAAACUUCCCUGCUACACCUCUACUGGACUACGCCAUAGAAGUGGAGAAAAUUACAACUUCUAAGAAACCUAACCUAAUCCUGAAUGUGGAUGGUUUUAUUGGAGUGGCAUUUGUUGAUCUGUUGAACAACUGUGGAUGUUUUACUGGUGAGGAGGCCAGAGAAUUGAUAGAUGUCGGGGCCCUCAAUGGGUUAUUUGUACUAGGUCGUAGCAUGGGAUUUAUUGGUCAUUUCCUGGACCAGAAACGACUGAAGCAGGGACUGUACCGACAUCCUUGGGACGAUAUCUCCUAUGUUAUGCCAGAAACUAUGGGAUUGAUGGGGGAGGAUACAGAUAAAAUCUAGAGAUCUUCAGACCUAUCAAAGCCAUCGGAAUGUGUCCAGGGUGGGCCUUGAACAAUCCAAGAUGACGUGAUCUCAAACGAGGGACUGAAUAUUAGUUUACAAAAUGCUUACUAGAUAAAACUGUAGGGGAAAUACUUCAAAGCCAUUGAAAAUGUUGUAGUUGUAAUCAGUUAAUUUGUUGUGGAAAUAAUCAAUUUUUGUGAUAAAUCAUUGUGCUAGAAAGUAAUACAUAGGCUAGGCUGAGAGCAGUAUUUUUGUUAUAAAAUAGCCUGUAUUUAUAUAGGGUGAAAUACAUUGGAUUUCUUGUAAAAGACAUGCAUUGACUGGACCAUUAAUUCAUACAUGUAUGAGCACUGUGUAAUUUAUUUCUGUGCAAUAGUUGCUAUCAUUUAAGAGUGCUUGAUGUUAGUUAGUGAAGUUUUUGUUUGAAUCAUAUACAACAAGUAAAUGUCUCCUUUGUUAGAGAAUGCAUUUAAACGUAUGUAAUUUAAAGUUAGUGAGCAUCUGUUUAUUUUUCUCUUCUGUUUCAUUUUGGUUUUUACUGUGGCCAUAUUAUAAAAUGUCUCAUUUCACAUUUGAUUGCAUUCUAUAAAUGUACCUGAUAUGAGAGUAUUAACGUAUUCAUGUAGUGUCUGUCAGUGUUCAAGCUGUUUAAGUUUGCAGUGUGAAAGUUUUCUGUUAUUCAGUUUUCUGAUUGUGGUUCAUUUCGUAAGCUUCCUUAUAAGGUAUUACAUAUAUUACCUUUUAGAAGUACACUAUCUAUUAAAUCAUGUAUUUUAUUAAAUACAUAUAUAAUUUAUUAUUUAAAAAAAAUUAAGCUGUAUGUUUCCGUCACAAUUUACUAAUUCUGAUGUCAGUUGUUAAUGGUUGCUUUGUUGUUUUAAUAAUUCUAAGGAAGGUGGGGUUGAGAUUAUGAAAAUAUAUACACAGGUAUGUACAUGUCAUAUCUAAUAUAUUACUACGACAUGCUUGUAUACAUAAAGAUAAUAUGCGAACUUCUUUAUUGUUUAUAUAUGUUUAAAGUAGUAAAUUAUUUUGUUACUGAAUCUCCUCUCAUAUAUAUAAAAGAUAUAUAAUACAUUUAUUACUUGAAGGAAAGCUUGAUUCUAGAAAUUGAAAUCCAGUCACCAAAUUAGAAUUUUUAUAUAUCAUCUGAAAUGUUGGUAGAAUACUUAAGUUAAAUUUUAUCAUAAUUCAUGUCGAAAUCAUUAUCAAUAUUAUUUAGCCCCUUGUGCAUUUGAUGUUACAUUGAAAUACAAAAAAAGUUAAUGGUGCAAUUCAAAUGGGACUGUGACUCUGAAUUAUGAAUAGGUCAUUUUCAUUUCAGAGGUUUUCUUUUAAGAAAAUCCAUGUAAAACAUAUCCAUUUUGUGUAUUGUCUUAGUAAGUUACUAUAAAUGAGUUGUAAUUUAUUUUUGAUUUGCAUAUCAAAUAUGUCUGCUGAUAAAAUAUGAAUAAAUUAAAGAAAUUUAACAAAACAGAAGCAUUUGAAUGGAAAUUAUCCAGAUCUGGGAGGUCUUUUGGA